GUCACUUGGACGUAGUCCGGCUCUCUAACGUUAAGCGGGCUCAGCUGCCGUAAAUCUACCAUAGAAGAAGAUAAAGGCGGAAGUUAAUGAGUCUUCAAGUGACUGUGUAACGAUGGCGUCUUUCGAGGAGGAGGGAGGGAGAGAGGAGAACGUGCGACAACGAAAACAACUGCAAGCUCUCGGCAACAAUCGCAUUGUGUCCAUCCAAGACGGCCAGCACCUGAAUGGUCGUCCCUCUCAGCUGCAGGGUGAAGGCUCCAGUGUGGAGCAAGAGGAUCUACUGGCACCCCACAUGAAAGAGGAAGACAAGGAUCAACAAGUCCGCACCAUUAAAGAGGAAGAAGAGGACCGAGAGGCCCUCAAUGUUAAGGAAGAAGAGGAGGAGUUUGAUGUCAGCCAUUUGCUACUGACUGUUGUCUCCGUGAAGAGUGAAGAUGAGGAAGAUGAAGCACCUGAAUGGUCACAGCUUCAACACCAGAGUCCGAGUGGAGACCACCGCAGAGGACCACCCCCAGACAACUUCUUAGCUCCACUAUCAGACAGCGACAACAUGGAAGACAUGAAUGAUACAGACUGUGAGGGUGAGGACAAACGGUCAAACAGUUCUGAAAAGGAAACAACUCUCGGCAAGAAAACAUCUCAAAUACGUGCCAGACGGCGUACACGUCAAGAACUUUUCACCUGCUCAGUUUGUGGUAAAACAGCGACUCAAAAGUCCAACCUGGUAAAACACAUGCGAAUACACACGGGAGAAAAGCCGUUCAGUUGCUCAGUUUGCAAUAAAACAUUCAGUGAAAAGGCAAAGGUAAUAAAACACAUGAGAAGUCACACAGGAGAAAAACCCUUCAGUUGUUCAGUUUGUGGUAAAACAUUCACUGAUAAACAAAAUAUGGAGUCACACGUCAGAACACACACAGGAGAAAAACCCUUUAGUUGCUCGUUGUGCGGUAAAAGAUUCAAUAAAAAGUCAUAUGUGGUCAUACACAUGAGAACACACACAGGAGAAAAACCCUUUCGUUGUUCUGUUUGUGGUCAAAUGUUCACUCAAAAGUCAGAUAUGGUUCGACACAUGACAAAACAUACGGGAGAAAAACCCUUUAGUUGCUCCAUUUGCGGUAGAACGUUAUCUCGAAAGGCCAAUGUGGAGUCCCACAUGAGAACCCACACUGGAGAAAAACCCUUCAGUUGCUCAUUGUGUGGCAGAAGCUAUACCAAUCGCAACAGUUUUUCAACACAUAUGCGGACACACAAAGGAGAGUAAAUGUUUGAAAAGAAUCCCCCUGCAAUAGCUUUCAUGCUGUUUGGGGACUAUUUUGUUCACUUCAGUUCCAUUUUAAGAUCAACAUACUUGUUUGUGCUUUUUCCUGACUAAUGAGACAAUUCAGCUCCACCUACAACAACUGUUUCUUAUUGGAAACAU